AUGCCUAGACAAAGAAGAUCAGCUCCAGCUCCAAGACAACAAACCAGAUCAGCUCACACUGCUACAUACCCACAACAGCACCAAGCACCUCCUUCAUACCCAUCAGCACACCCAGCUCAACCACAAACUGCGUCUCAAGGUCCUGGUUUGUUCGGCCAGAUGGCCUCUACUGCAGCCGGUGUAGCUGUUGGAUCAACCAUUGGUCACACCUUGGGUGCUGGUAUUACCGGAAUGUUUGGUGGCGGUAGAUCGGAACCUGCACCAGCUCCAGCUCCAGCUCAACAAGAUGUUGCUGCUUACCAACAACAAAAUUCAUUCCAAAACCAAGAACAAGCUAGACAUUGCGAUGUUGACGCUAGAAACUUUACCAGAUGUCUUGAAGAGAAUGAUGGAAACAUGCAAACUUGUGGUUUCUACUUGCAGCAGUUGAAAGCUUGUCAAGAAGCUGCUAGGCAAUACUAG